GUAAACCAAAGUUAAGAGAUGACGAGAAACCGAGGUGAUUAUUGAUCUGUGUCCAUUCCAAUCAGUGGACGUUGACGUCAAAGAUAUAUCUAUACAUGCAUACUUGUAUUUUUUUUCUCUACAUGUAUUCGAAGGAGAAUCGACUAAGGUAGACAAUACGAAGGCUGCAUUCGAUUUUAACACACGCACACGAAGAAAAACUAAUACGAUAGAUACACAAAAAAAAUUUGCCCUUGGCGAAAAAUAUUAAAGAUGAACAUCGUUUUAUAUUCUCUAACAAAACAAGCUGAUCACUCGAAGUCGAUCAUUGAUCAACGCUACCAGCAUAACGAUGCAAAUGGAUCGUAUAUUAUUUUUCAAUUAGCUCUUCAAGAGUCAGUUAAUAGCAACAAUGCUCAAACGUCUCGCCAACGUUAAAUACCAACAACGAUGCUAAAUCUGCUUCGGGAAGAGUGUAAACUUCCGAGACGACAACUGCGCCACAGUAUUUGAUUCAAAUACAUAUGAAAGCGCCUCUCUACCAUUGCCAAGGCUCUUCUCUUCUCGUAUGUAGUAAACACAUGGUCACAAAUGUGGAGGCAUGCAGUAGUCAGUCUAAUAAACAUGGCCCAGUAUAAAAAACAGUCAUUUUAAUACUACACGAAGUACAUAAUGCGUGUCGUAUCUCGUAAAACUGUGCAAUCACUAGCUACUGCAUCUAUUAUUCGUUACUCUUCCCAUUGGGUGGCAAGUGAAUAUGCCAAUGAUCAUAUAGCUCAAUGGAUUUAUAGUCAUUUUUACAAACGCAAUUUUCGUUGAACCUCUCAAUUAUAUUCGCUCAAGGCCAAUCAUCUUUACGAAAACUGUCUUAUUUACAGGCCCAGGUCGAUCGUUCCAACCACCGGAACCAGAGUGGAACCGAGACGGAAACCCAUAGUAACCAGCCGGCCCCGUGUCGGAAAGCAACGGAGCUUUCCGAUCCCUUCCAAUCAUUCCCUUCGAUCGGAGUCGCUAUCAUUAUGUCGCACUCCUGCCAGCGGAUCCUCCUACAAUCAUAAAUGACUACUUGCCACAUGUUCCGGCCGUACCCUUUGCCCGGAUUCACCCUGUUCCUAUGCAUUUCCGAAAGGCGGGUCCUGACAAGAAAACUUGCGAAACUUUUCCUAUACCUUCCGACAAGCAUCUUCAGUGGGAAACAUGCCAAUUCACCAACCUCCUGCCGGUGAAAUUAGUCGGAACCCCAUAUAGCCGGCUCCCACAACAUCAGUCGACAUCCGCAUACCGUAUCCGACUUUCUACCCCAACUUCCGACAACUGGGACCUCCGAAAUAUACCGACCAUCACUUCCGUCACAAUUCGACCAAUUCCGGCAUCUUUUACAUGAGAUUCAUCCUUCUCAAUCACAUUCCGACUACUCUGCCAUCGCAUCCACCAUUUUCCAUUAUAUUCCAGCAACAGAGACCCAAGCUCCAUACCUAAACUCCAUUUCUGGGACACCAUCAGCCGACUUCCUAUCGAAUGAUAUCCUUCUCUGUGUAGUACCCGCACCUCUCUAA